AUGUAUCUUGUGGAGAAGCGGUUGGAGCUGGUGAAGCAGGUCUCCCACAGCACUCACAAGAAACUGACAGCCUGUCUGCAGGGGCAGCAAGGCGUGGAUGCCGACAAGCGCUCAAAAAAGUUACCUUUGACGACACUGGCCCAGUGCUUAAUGGAAGGCUCCGCCAUUUUAGGGGACGACUCUCUACUGGGGAAGAUGCUCAAACUAUGCGGCGAGGUGGAGGAUAAACUAGCCCAGGAGCUCAUCCAUUUCGAGCUGGAAGUAGAACGGGAUGUGAUCGACCCUCUGUUUGUGCUAGCCGAGGUGGAAAUCCCAAAUAUCCAAAAACAGAGGAAGCAUUUAGCAAAAUUAGUCCUGGACAUGGAUUCCUCACGGACAAGGUGGCAGCAGUCGGCGAAGUCGUCAGGUUUGUCGAGCAACCUGCAGCCGUCGGGUGCCAAAGCGGACGCUCUCAGGGAAGAGAUGGAGGAGGCGGCGAACAGAGUGGAGAUUUGCAGGACCAACAAGGGCCACACACAGGGCACCACUGACCAUCCUAAGAUUGCCAAUUGGAGAGGCUCAGAUGCUGAGCUGUUGAAGGACCAGCUCUCGGCUGACAUGUACAAUUUCGUGGCCAAAGAAAUAGACUAUGCAAACUACUUUCAAACUUUAAUAGAAGUGCAAGCAGAAUACCAUAGGAAGUCAUUAGCACUUUUACAGAACGUGUUGCCUCAGAUAAAAGCACAGCAGGAAGCCUGGAUUGAGAAGCCCUCCUUCGGGAAGCCGCUGGAGGAGCAUCUGGCCGUCAGUGGGCGGGAGAUCGCCUUCCCCAUCGAGGCGUGCGUCACCAUGCUGCUGGAGUGCGGGAUGCAGGAGGAGGGUCUCUUCAGGGUGGCUCCUUCUGCAUCCAAGUUAAAGAAGCUCAAGGCGGCUCUCGACUGCUGCGUGGUGGAUGUGCAGGAGUAUUCAGCAGACCCCCAUGCCAUUGCAGGGGCACUGAAGUCCUAUCUCCGAGAGCUUCCAGAGCCUCUCAUGACCUUUGAACUCUAUGAUGAAUGGAUUCAAGCUUCCAACAUCCAGGACCAAGACAAGAGGCUGCAGGCCCUGUGGAAUGCCUGCGAAAAACUGCCCAAGGCCAACUACAACAACAUCAGGUACUUGAUCAAAUUCCUAGCAAAGCUAACGGAAUACCAGGAUGCUAACAAAAUGACACCGAGCAACGUGGCGAUAGUGCUGGGCCCCAACCUCCUCUGGCCUCAAGCAGAAGGAAACAUCACGGAGAUGAUGACGACGGUGUCUCUGCAGAUCGUGGGGAUUAUCGAGCCCCUCAUCCAGCAUGCCGACUGGUUCUUCCCUGGAGACAUUGAAUUCAAUGUGACUGGGAACUACGGCAGCCCCAUGCACGUCAACCACAAUGCCAACUACAGCUCCAUGCCCUCCCCUGACAUGGACCACUCGGACCGCAAGCAGCACGACCAGGCCCGGCGCCCCCUCAGCGUGGCCACGGACAACAUGAUGCUGGAGUUUUACAAAAAGGAUGGCCUUAGGAAAAUCCAAAGCAUGGGCGUCAGGGUGAUGGACACAUCUUGGGUGGCCCGCAGAGGCACCACCAUAGUUCGAAAAGCGUCCUCCACCCCGCCUGCCAUGCAGCCCCCCGCGCCGCCUUCCGAUCUCGCUGCUACUCCUCAGUCACCAAUUCCUGAGCAAUCUCUUGAUAUUUCAGCUACUCCCUCCCCUACUCCAACUAGCUUCGGCUUCCAGCCAGGAGCCGAACAGACAAGCACGGAUGAUGUGUCGUCUAGUUGGUUGGACUCCUGUUACCACUACCCUUCCCCCGAGGACGACAGGCCCCCCCCUUACCCUUGCUAUCAGCACCUCCGCCAUUACCACCCCCAGGCUCGGCCCGAGGCCCCCUCACCACCCUACCGGUGGUCAGGGCACAGCCAAACUCUGCCUCCCCGCUCCUCCUCCUCCUCCUCCUCUCCCAGCCCUCAGCCGCUUGACAUUAACUCGAACCCGAAGCCGUGUUUCCUUCACCUCCCCAAGCAGAGCUCCCUCACCGAAUCGCAUGCUCUCGAAACUAAUCUCUCCGCCCCCUCCAUCAAACCCCCACUUGUCUUAGCCAAACCGGACCCACCUGGCGCUCCCUACCCCUCCCUUACGUCAGCCUCUCCCCCCUGGGUCGGCUGCGCCAGCGACAGAGGAGCCGGCCUGACUAGUACUUUAAAAACCAAGGAGCUGUCGCCCGUGUCUGGGCAGAAAGGCAGCCCAAGCUCCGGUCACGUGGCCCCAUGUGGGAGCAUGCAGCAGGUGGCCAGUCCCACGCAGCAGCUGUCCACGGAGCAGAGCCCUCACGCACUGCGCAAAGUUUCAAAGAAGCUGGCUCCAAUCACACCCAAGGUGCCCUACGGCCAGUCAGGCGGUAUGUCCGACCAGUCCACGGGACAGCCAUCCCCCGUCAGCCUGUCUCCCACCCCUCCGAGCACCCCUUCACCCUAUGGACUGAAUUACCCACACGGCUACUCACUGGCCUCAGGCCAGCUCUCCCCAGCUGCUGCUCCUUCCCUGUCUUCUCCUCCUUCCCUGACGAGCACUUUAACCAAGUCUCGACCCACCCCUAAGCCAAGGCAGAGGCCCACGCUGCCACCGCCACAGCCUCCCACAGCAAGCCUGACCGGCGCUAGCCCGCAGUCCAUGGAGCACACCCUGCUAGAUGACAUGUCCCCCGGGGAAAGCAUGUCCACAGAUCUCGUCCACUUUGAUGUCCCUUCUAUACACGUCGAGGUUGAUCCUGCACUCCACCGAGAUCCGCUGGAACAAACCCAGAGACAUUCCGUGGCAGGGAAAGUCGAUUCGGAAGAGGAAGAAUCGGAAAGCACCGCCCUAUGA